CUCAUCUCGACGCCAAUAUUGUAAAGUGAAUCUAUAUAUUCCACCUAUUCGUCAGGUGCAAGAUAUUUUUCAAAAACCAUCACCGCCACUCACAUGGUGUUAAAUGUAGUUUAGUGUUCUUUUUUUUGGUGACUUAAUUUUGGAUUACCUUUUGCCAUGUGGUCACAACAGGUAUUUGUUGCAUUGCUGUCGGCUUGCUUGACUUUGCAACAUGUUGUUGCUGUUGUCAAUAAUGGCCAAAACAAGAAGAAUGAAGAAUCAUUGAAAACCGUUGCCGAGACUAAAGAGAGCGACAAAGCCAAUGAGAAUGCGGGGGAUUUGGUGGCGGAAAGUUCCGAGACGUCCAACCGAAGGGACGCUUCAAUUCUCGACUCAUAUGGAGUUCCCAGCUUGACCUCCGCUAGUGGAGCAUCGGUGAACUUGCCAAUACCUGUCUAUGGGGUUCCGAAUGCGCCAUCUAAUAAUGUGGUUUAUCCCGGACCUCCUCCAGAUAUACCUCCACCUCCUCCUAAAAUAUCACCGGCUCCCUUAUACGGACCACCAAAGCUAGGGAAUGUAUACGGAGUACCACAACUGCCGCCAAUCACCAAAGGAUAUGGAGCUCCAUUAAACAUAAAAUAUGGGGCGCCGGCAUAUCCACUCAACCAGUUUUCGUUUAAUUUGAGCCCACCCAAGCCCAUUUACGGUCCACCUAAAGGCGUGUAUGGACCUCCAGUCAAGCCUUUGAAGUACCAUAAAUACCCUCCAAAGAAUUUCAACUUCAGGCCCCCAAAGCCCGUAUACGGCGCCCCAAUCAUAUCCGGUUUCAAAGAUAAUUUCAACUACAACAAAAUUAAAUCCAACAACUACCUGAACACCAAAAACUUCAAUAAUAUUUUCGCGAGUAAUGUGCUGAACAAUAACGCUUUCUCGACGAAUUCGUUCUCGAAUUUAUAUUCUGGCGUAUCCAGCUUGAAUCAUCAAUAUGGAGCCCCAAUUUUGCCCCCCAAAGUUCAAUUUGGAGGGCACAAUGUGGGAAUAUCCACGCAAUAUGGAGUUCCGGAGAAAGUGAUCGAAUCAGGGCCUCCACUCACGGCCUACGGACCUCCACAGCCCUCAUCAAACCCCAAGCCGCCACACCCAGGCGCUCCAGCACCACCUACACCUCCAGAUAUCAAAUAUGAUGGAUGGCAGCCAAUCCCUGGUCUGGUUUCUAAACGCCCUGAAGAGGAAAUACAUCAUAUCACAGCGGAAGGUUCCGGGUACCAUGAUUUAUCUCCACCUCCUCUUGGUAACGGUCAUAAUCAGCUAGGUAACUCCUACGGAGCUCCAGCUGUAACUUUAGAUGUCAGUCACGGGAAUGGCCUUAGUGACUCAUACGGAGUGUCUUUGAAUGCAAUAACUGGAUCUAAGGGAGUGAGUGACUCUUACAGCGCUCCUUUGGGCACAGUGACCGGAAGUGGAGGAAUUGUAGCAUCCUCAGGGGAUGAAGCCCAUCAUGCUGGAAGUCACUCCAGCUCACAUAGUAACUCCCAUGGAAUCAAUCUGGAUCUGAGUUCAGUAGGCGGAGCUCACGGCUCUGAUAUCCAAGCAGUUAAGAGCGUGGAGUACAACAUAAGCCCUCAGGGCCACUCCGGUGGCAACGGACAUCAAAUAUCAGACGUAUACGGUGUUCCUCAUGCUGAUGCGUUUUCCUCUUCCAACUCAUACAACAGUUUAGAGUCCGCCUCGCAGACCUACAAGGGCAGUUUCAACUCACACAGCCAUAAGUCAUCUCAUUUCGCUAACUCAGACAUAGGCUUAAUUCCGCCAAGUGGCAUUUAUGGAGCGCCCCCAAGUAACCAGUACGGGACACCUUUGUACACGAAUAGCAACUACAAAACAUCUAGUCGGCCAGGAUUUUACGCCGAUGCUGGAAAAGGACACUCAUAUUUGCCGCCAGUCCAACCUCUGAAGUCCUAUGGAGUGCCAAGUGGAUCAACAGCUAUUUCUUUCCAAAACGUUGCUCAUGGUUCCGCAACUGCUGGGAUUGACCUACAGCAUAGUGGCUUGAACAUUGAAGGCGCUAGCGCGUUGCCAUUGACCAGCUACAAUGUCCCACUGGGAACUAUUGAUGGAAAUUAUGCUCUUCCAGAAUCCAAUGGAGAUAUCAGUGUGUCCUUAGACUUCUCACAUCCCCCGCUUACUAUAGACUUAACAGACGGCAAGCAGGACCGCGAUUGCUACAAUAAACAGCAACUGCAGGUGCCUUCACUGGCAUAUGGCGUGCCUUCUGCGGACAGUUAUACUUCUUCACUUUCUAGCCUGACUACGAAUAUUGCCACCUCUCACGCCCAAAGCAUUGUUCCACCAUCUUCGUAUGGAGCACCCGAUUUGGUUCCGCCUCAAGCUCAAAUUUCAGUGCCAUCAUCCCAAUAUGGAGUGCCAGAUUUAGCUCAUAGUGCAUCCUUUAAAACUGAAGCAAAGGUGAAUUCGGUAGCAGAAAGUGAAGAAACUCAUGGAAAAAACUAUGGAAAAUCUGUAGCUGCCAGUUUCGGGCCGAAUAGCGAGCUGGUAGAGUCCCAGUCUCUCGACCUGAAUAAUAUUCCAAUACAAGGCAAUUUGGGAAGUUACACCCUUCAAAUUCAAUCAGCCGAUGGAGCCCCCGGUCAAGUACCACACACUCAGGUGUUAAAUGAAGGUUUAUUGCAAUCUAUACUUCAAGCCAUUGAACAGCCAGGCAAACAAGGCCAAAAUACAAAGUAUCCGAUUGUUUUGCAGCCCAGCGUUGAGCGGAACAAUUACUCGAUUAAUGAGACUAUCAGUAAUUUGGACGGUUCAAGUCCACAGGCCUCCGAAAUAAGCGAAGUGAUCGUUGAAGCACCAAAAGACAGUAAUUUGGGGGAUAAAUCCGAUAACGUUGACAGCGAAGAGUCUUUACAACUCUUAGACACGAGCAAUAUUGCCCUGUAUUAUAAGAAUGACGACGAUUCGAAAAAGGUAGACGCCGAAGAGAAAGCGGAUGAAAACAGUGUCGAUAAUGAGAGUAAUUAGUUUCUUUAAGACAAGAAUAUCUAGUGAGUUCGGCUUUUAAUUCCACAAUCGGCAACAACAACUGCUUCAUCGGGAAACUGAACGCAUUCACUGCCAAGGUGAUGAAAUUGCUCAAAACAUCAACAUAACAUUGCCAUUUUCAAGUUUAAAUAGGAUAUCUACGAUUGUUAAAAACCAAAUUUAGUAUCUAAAAACCUCUAGAUCACACAUAACAAUCUGUACAUAUUACUCUUAAGUUACAAAAAAUGUGUUAGUAUAUUUAAACCUAAAAUAGUCGUAAUAUAAUAAUUAUUUAUUUUUGUUAUUUAUGUUAAAGUUGAAGAUAAUAAAUAUUUGAUUUUGA